GAAGCAGGUCCCAUUAUACGCGCUGAUUGGCGGAGACCAGUUGACCUUGUGCGUUUGCUCGUUCUGUAAUCAGUCCAGUCUCCCGUCAGCCGGCCCCCACCCCGUCCUUGUAAUCCCCGACCAGCCCUGUCUCUCUCUGUUUCACAUUCCCAUCCUCAAUCCUCACGUCGACAAACCGAGCCCACGCAUCUCACAGAACAGAUGGGCCCUCAUCGACGUGAUGGCAGAGGCAAGGGCAGACCGAAAAAAGGCUCCCACAAGGCGAGCUCGGACAGGCUGCGUCCCCUGCCGCCGAGCCCAUAGAAAAUGUGACGAAUGCAAGCCAGUCUGCCAGCGAUGUGUCCAGCUCAAGCUGGCCUGUAGCUACCCGCAGACUAAGCAUGCUUUGGCAGGCGGGCUUGGCAGGGCCGUCGUCCGGCCUCUGGCACCGGCGAUCCGCCCGAGUAUGCUGGUAGCUGCCCUCCUGGACCCCUCGAGCACGCUCUACUUUGACUACUUCAAGUACGUCGUGGUCUCUCAGCUGGGCACGCAGGCAGACGACCCGACGGGCUUCUGGUCUGCGACCGUCCUCUGCGAGUGCGUCCGCGAUCCUCCUGCCCUCGACGCGGUCAUCAGCAUCGGCGCCCUGUCCAGGGCCGGCCGCGAAGUACUUGAUCAUGCCUCUGGACCACGGGGCGAGAUCGGGCCAGUGUCAUCAUCUACGCACUACGCCCCUGCCAUCCAGUACUACACCAAGGCCAUAGCCACCUUUCGGCAGCGCAUCGACCAGCCCGGCUCAGACAAGACCGUGCCGCCCAGGACGCUGCUCGUCUAUACCAUCCUGUUCUCCAUCUUUGAGACCCUCCACGGCAACACCACCGCCUUUGAUUACCUCGUCGCCAAUGGCCUGCGCUCACUGCACAUGCUGCGGCGGCGGCGACGGGUCCUCGAGGGCGCCGACGUCUACGACGACGCAGAGUGCUUCCUCACCCGUACGGCCACGUGGAACGCCAUAUACUCCCCCAUGUACCCGCAGACUCGACGAGUCCUUGCGUCGAUAGCCUCGGAGGGUGAGCUGCUGCUGCUCGGCCCCGCGCCACCGGACAGCAGGAGCGUGUCGGUCAAGGGGUUCUGGCGGACGUGGUGGCAGUUUGUCACGAGGGCGGUGUUGUGGCAUCUGCGCGUGCAGAGCUUCCUGGAUCGCGUAGAGGAGCGGCGGCGGCGGCGGCGAGGACGACGCCAGGACAUGGGGGCACGCGGUGAUGGCGACGCCGACGACGAUGAUGAGCACGACGACAACAACAACAGCACCAACAGCAAGAGACGCGCGGGCCUCGAGGAUCCAGCAGCAGAAGCAGCCACACUCGCCCAGCUCCAAGAAGAACAACGACUCCUCGUAUCCCGCAGCAACCUCUGGAUAUCCAGCACGCAGGCCAGGCUCGAUGACGCCACCGAGCGCGCUGCCGCCGCCACCACCACCAAGGCCAAGCGGGGGAAUCGCGCCGCCUACCAGGCCGAAGUUGAGGCGAGCAGGCGGAUCCUCACCAACAUGAUGUUCGGCCUCAAAGUCUGCCACCUCGCCCACUGCCGCGCGCUGGACCAGUCCGAGACCGCCUGGUCGACGCAGGCGUGCCUGGACGAGUGCGGCGCGGCGCUGGACCUGGCGCAGGACCUUGUCGCUGAGCUGACUGCUGCGCGAGCCAGUACCAGCAGCGGGGGCAGCCAAGGGUCCAUCAUGAGCGAUGGCCUGCUGAUUGGCCUGCUCCACCUCGCCAGGGACUGCCGAGACUCUGGGGUGCGGUGGCGGGCGUUUGCCCUGGCGCAGCAGCUCGUGCUGCGGCCCUCGACCAGGCACGUCAAGUCGUUUGUGCUGGGGACGUGGGCGUGCCUCCAAGCCGAGGAGAGAGGCCGGGAGCGCGGUAGGGACGGCGGCACGGGCCGGAUACCGCGGUCGCACUGGUAUGACUGGACCGGCGCGUCCUGGGACGAGGCCGGCGCGCUGCAUGUGACCAUCACGACCAAGGAGCCUGAUCCUGCGAGCGGCGUGAAGAGGCAGGAGAGCCUGGUGUUGGAGCGGCGGGAUCUGGAAGUCCUUCCACAGUAUGGGGGGAACUUCACGGUGUGCUAGCCUGAUUGGCACCUAGGUACCUACGUAGGUAGGUUAGCUGCUGGAGCCAUGCAAGAGGAUAGGGGUGUUUAUAGUAACAAAGACAGGACGAUGACGGCGAUGACGGUAACCAGAUGGGCCUGGACUGACAUGGCUCGAUUUCCAACGCUCAGAAGUGGAAUGCAGUACCGGUGUGCCAACGCUAUGGGG